AUGAAUCCGGAUGAAGAGCCCAACAGCAUCAGCAUCCAGGCGGAUGCGUUCAACGAAUCCAUCACCGAUCGGGUUGGGGUGCUGGAAACCGAUCAUCCCCUGCUGGAGCGCUUCCAAUCGGCCCUCAAGGCGCACCUGCUCAAGGUAAAGCACGAGUUGGAAGAGGAAGUGGCCGAACUGAACCAUCGGCUCGAACAGAACGAGAAAGAAUCCGAGGAGGUCGGUGCCGAGUUGUACGAUCUGCAGGAAGAGAUCGACAAUCAGAAGGAGUUGCUCGAGAUCUACGGCAAAGAGAUCCUGGAAUUGUCGACCCAGCGACAGGAGGAGGAAAAGCAGGCAGCCAAGUACCGGAAGGAGUACGAGGAGCAGAUGGCGACGCUGAAGGACUUUAAAAAGAUCCACCGCGAGCACCAGAUGGAGCUCGAGAAUCUGACCGUGCUGGAAAGUGAGUUCGCCAAGUGGGCCCAGGAGAUCAAGGACGAGAUAGCGGUGGCCAAACGGGUGGCCAGUAAAGACGCCAAGGAUCGCUUGAUUGCCGCCGAAGAGAAGCGCCAGGUGGAUCUGCUCGUGCUCAAUCUGGACAGCGAGGUGAAGCGCAAGGAGCAGGAACUGGAAGCGAUUGACGAGCAGAUCAAGGAGCAGGAUGAACAACGGGAAACGAUCAGUCGGAGCCUUGCGGACGCUAACUCCGAUCUCGAAGCGCUCCAGCACGAGCACAAACGACUGUUCCAGGCGUGGGGUGAGGUGAUUGUGGCGAUACAGCAGCGCGAUCGCGUGCUCGCCAAGACAAAGGAAGACCUGGACGCGAUCUACGAGGAGCACAAAGUUAUCAAGAGCAAGACGGAGAUCACGAAGAAAUCGGCGGCGAAAGAAAUGGAGCAGAACGAGAAGCUGGCCGGUUUCAAGAACCGGAUCCAGGGCGACAUCUACUCGCUGGAGAAACAGGUCCGCAAGGAGCAGGAGGACGAGGAUAAGCUGAAGCGCGAUCUGGAUCACUACGCGUCGAUCCUGGAACAAACCGAAGCCGACAUACUGAAGGCCCAGCAGGAGGGCCUUCUCAUCGAGAACCAUCUGAAGUCGCUACGUCAGACGCUCGAGAAGCAGAGCCGCAAAAAGUACGAACUGGAGGAGCAGAUCCUUGAGCUGCUGCAGGAUCAGCUGACGACGGACAAGGCGGGCGAGUCGCAGGGUAAGGUGUUGCGAGAAACGCAGGAAAAACGGCGCGGUCUCGAGGUCAGCAUGACCGAAACGGAGAAUCAGCUGUCGACGGUGUUGCUGGAUCUGGAGAAAUGGCGUACGAUCGUCGAGGGAUCCAAGGAUGUACUGAAGAGAGUGAAGGCCGACCACGAUAAACACGACGCUGACGCGAACAAGUUCAACGAGGAGAUAAAGCUCGUAAAGGAAUCGAUUGCGGCGAAGCUGCGCAAAAUGGACGCACUGAAUCGGGAACUGGAGCAGCUGAUCAAUCAGGCCGGCGGACAGGAAAUGAAUCCAGACGAGCUGAAGCUGCUGGACGUGCAGCAAGACAUCGUGGAGAUCGAGGCAACGCUCACGGAGACGCGUGCGUCGUGGCUCAAGCUGCAAUCCAGCGUGGGCACGCUGAAGGAGAAACGAUCGCAGCAGCUGAAUGACAUCAACUAUUCGCGCAAGAAGCUACUGCUGGCGGAACAGAAGGCGAUCAAAAUCGAAGCCCAGCUCGAGGAGGUGAUGAAUGAAAACCGCGAGAUAGUGCGCUCACUGUCGGCACUCAAUACGCGCCUUGAUAACGCCAGCCUGGAGCUGUUCAAGACGCGCAAGGUACACGAGAAGGAAGAACAGGAGUGUGAGGUGGCACACCAUCAAGCUACGGAGCGAUUGCGUGAAGCCGAAAUGGCGGUGCUCGGCCUCGAGCAGGAGCUCAAGGAGUUGGGCAAAGAGAUCGAAGACUGCAAACAGGAGGUGUUGGAGAAACACCGCGAGGCCCUGUCCUGGGAAACAAAGUGCAAAAUGUCGGCCGAAGCGAAGAAGUUCAAGGACGAGGAAGCGACGCAGAACAGCGAGAUCGGUAUCAUGAAGGCCGAGAUUCACCGUAUGCAGGUACGGUUCGGGCAGCUGAAACGGAUGCAGGAACGGUUGGUGCACGAUCUGGAGAAUACGGUUCAGCAUCGGGAAAACAUUUACGAGUCGGUUAACGCGCGGGAGAAAGUGUUUGGUGGAAAGUUUAAAACACGAUCCACCAUGCAGCACAAAAUCAACGAGCUGAAGAACAAGCUGAAGGUGGUGUUUUCGGAAAUAUCCCAAGCGGAGAAAAGUCUGAUCGAGAUCGAUACGGCCCAAAAGUUGCUGCAGGCGGAGAUCGAAAACAAGAAGCACCAGAUCGAGGAGGAAAAGCUCCAGACCAAUCUGAUAGCGGCCGAGAUCGAGCAGGCCACGCUGCUGAAGCAGGACAACCUGGACUACAUCGUGCGGCACCAGUACCGUGCUCGGCGUUAUCGUGCCCUUGCCAACGCACAGCAGCUACCCAAGUUCCGCAACGAGAUCCUCAUCCAGGCGGAUCUACAACGGCAGCGCGAAGUGAACGAGAACAUCGUGGCGGUGGUCGAAACACUGCAGCAGGACUUCCCGGCGCACACGUUCCAACUGAACAAAAUCCUUCAAACUCUGAAAUGA